UUUUGUGUUGUCAAAGGGGGCUGAACCUCUUCAGUUUGAGUGCUACUACUUUAUUUACCGUGCCAUCUCUCCCGCUCUCCUGAAACCGGUGGAGGUAAAACGCAAUAGGCAACAGCUUUAAGGCCAGAUAGGAAAAUUAUGCACACCACCGAUUCAGUCGCACUUUUCCCCUCAGCUUACGCCCCGCAGGUCCUUUCAACUCCUGUCUCUGAAAAGCAUCGGACGGCGCGUUAGGAAGGUGAAGUCUGCGGCUCUGCUUCCCGCCGGCAGCCCGCUGAGCUCGCUCGCCUCCCUGCCGCAUCUGCAGGGGUGGAACCCGGACUCGUGCCCCCCCUCCUUCCUCGGUGUUUGUGCUGCAUCUGAUGCUCCGUGCACCACCUCUACACUGUGUGCUCAGCCAGCCUGCUGUGGAGAAAUUGAUUCCCCGCUGAUGAAUCGACCGCUUCGACAUAGUGUGGUGCAUUUUGCCCUCACGCGGUCGACUUUGAGGGUAUGAGACUGCGAGGAGGGCGGGACCUUAACUUCAACUCACACUUGGAGCUGGCCCCUUCUCCGUGUCCUGUCACCUGGCUGCCCGGCGCCCUCAGCAAAGGUGUGCGUCUGCGCCUGCGUCAAGAUCGGCGUGACCACAGGGGGCGCAGCUGCUGGCAUCUGGUUGACUUGGAUCCAGAGUCAGAGCCAGCCGUGCAGAGUAUGAAGAGCCAGGACACCGACACACAAAGUCUGAUGAGUUCCUUGUCCGCCGGCUCGGAGAUGCAGGCUUCCGCUCUCGACCCCCAGUUCAUACCGGGGCCCCAAGGUAAGGUGCCUGGCAGGAAGCGAGGACGCCCUCCUAUCCGAAAGCUGGAGUUCCAGAGCCACUAUGUUGAAACUCUGUCGCCCCUUAAGAUCCCGAAGAAAAGAGGCAGGAAGCCUGGUUUUAAGCUGAAGCCCAGGAUGGUGAUGUCCCCUCUAGCCAAUUCUCCUCCCAGCAGCACACCAGAGCCAGAGAUGGGCUCCAUCCCACAGGACGCUGCCAUCGUCCCCCAUUCUGCCACACCACAGGUCCUGACAGCGGAGACGCCAUUGGCUGAUGAUUUUUUAUGUGACCCACCGGUGGACUCGAGGCGCUAUGCUAUAGAUCCCAGUGACUCUGCAUUCAGCGUCACGACAUCACAGUAUCAGACGAAGCAGUCCUACGGUUACCGUGGCAGCAGUUGCUCUGCUACAGCAGGCAUGUGCAGACAAGCGUCAAGCCCAGGAAGUCACCAGGAGGGAAACAGAAAUGCCUACAGCCCGAUGUCAGAUGCCGGAGAGUGCAAGCGUCCUGUUGGUAAGGACCCUUCCAGCUGGGGUGUAGAGGAUGUGGUUUGGUUCAUUAAAGAUGCUGAUCCCCAAGCUCUGGGACCCCAUGCGGAAGCAUUCAGGAAGCAUGAAAUAGAUGGGGACGCCCUACUCCUUCUGAAAAGCGAGAUGAUGAUGAAGUACCUGGGAUUGAAGCUGGGACCAGCCCUCAAACUCUGCUACCACAUCGACAGGCUCAAGCAGAGCCGGUCGUGAGCCGAGUCCUCGAUCGCCUCGUUAAUUUUUAAGAGCAACGAGUCGGUGCCGAUUCCCGAAACCUUUCUAAGUCAUCAGCAAUACAUCACGAACGUCUGAUCCAAAUAUAUGCUGGCUUUUACUACAUUUACACCACACUUUGUCCACAGAUUGGACACUGUGACUGUACAUGUUAGGACAUUUAAAAGCUCAAACAGUUAUUUUACUUUUGUCUCCCUUUACUUUAUACCUGAACUGCUUUAGAUUGUAAAUAGUUUGUUGCCAAACAGAUGGCAGCUACGGUAUAUUGAAGUACGACCUGUAAUAAUCAUUUUUGAGCUUGGGCAUCGUUAAUUUGUGCAGAUCAUAAUCACUGGAUACUGUAUUAUAUCAUUAUAAACUUCUAGGGUGCUUUACCUCAGUAACACAUUUAAACUUUACAAAGUCUUGCUGCUGGACUUUUAAGAUAGUCCAUUUUAUCCUCACUUGGUCACGUUUAUCCAGGUUGAAGUUGGUGACAUGACUUGUAAUUAAUAACUCAAACUGUUCACUAAGUCGAUUUGGAAGUCUGUUUCAAGAUAAUCUAGAACAAAACAGCGCUGUUACUGAGCCAUUUUGAGGGCACAGUUCUCAAACAUCUCUGAACUUUAAGUGCGCACUUGUUGGCCAAGCAAAUGGUUUAUAUGCCAGAGACUUGACAAUACAAAGUGUACAUUUAUAAUACUGGAAUGUGUAAAACUUCAUGAGAAAGGAGUGAUAGAGCGCAGCAAAAAUUUCUGGCACAACUUCACCUGCUUCCAAGGUGCAUGGAGAGGAUGAAAGAAUUCAAAAAGCAGGAACACCAGCAACACUUGAGGGAAGAAGAACAACUUUAAUAAUUGACCAACGCAUUUCGGCUUGUGGCCUUCAUCAGGGUCAUAGUAAAACAUUGUAAAAAAUUACUUAAAUACAAGACAGGAAACAGAAAAAAAAUUCAAAUUAACCAGUCAAAACUUCAUAGAUAGGUCAGCUGACAUAUAAUAGGUAGGUAUUGGUUAAUUGGUUAAGUCACGCCCAAGUAAAUACUGGACUAGAUCAUUAAUGAUGAUGAGGAGGGGGGGGUGACAUAACCCCCAUAUGUCUGAAAAUAACACAUGCAUGAAAUGCAUAAGAAGGAUACUAUAAAUAUACACACAGAUUAAAAAAAAAGAAAAAAAAGGAAGUCUUUAAUGGUAAAAACACGUUUGAAUUAGAAAACAAGAUUACAUCAUCACAUGGGAACACAUUUGUUAAAAGAUCCUUAUUUAUGUCUCUAAAAUGUAAAGUCUCUAAAAAUUGGUACUUAACCAAUUAACCAAUACCAAACCAAAUGGGUGGCUGUAGCUCAGGUGGCAGAGCAGGUCAGCCACUAAUCA